GUUAGACGUCUUCUAUGCUCUGCUAGGCCUGUUGUUAUUCAAACACCUGUUAAUCCAACUGCGUCAGAUCAGGAUCUUCAACAGGCUCAAUUAUGGCAGCUUGCUCAAAGGACUACAGCCCUUCCCUUUGGCCGCGGUGCAUUUACUCUUUCUACAACUUGCACUCUCUUGACGGAGGCACUCACGGUUCCCAAGCUUAUCUUGGCAGGUCGGCUGCCUUCACAGCAAAAUGCAACGGUUAGCUUAGAUCCAAAUGUUAGGAAUAUUCAAGAACUCAAAUCUUGGCCUGAGUUUCAUAAUGCAGUUGCUGCUGGAUUAAGGCUUGCUCCACCUCAGGGAAAAAUGUCAAGAACAUGGAUAUUAUAUAACAAACCCGAAGAGCCCACUGUUGUUCAUGCUGGACUACUACUUGCUUUAGGAUUGCGUGGACAUCUUCGCGUCCUAACUAUAACGGAUAUAUACCAAUAUUAUUCUCAGGUUGUUUAUUCUUUUGAGGACCGAUCUUGUUUUACACAAGUGCUUUCUCCUCCUGACCAUAAUUAUGAUUUUCUAUUCUUUUUCAGAUUCAACACAUUUUACUCAUCGUUCUUCUAUUUAUACUGCAUAUGUCAUGUGAAAUAUAAUUCCCCCUGCUCCUAUGGGAAAAAGGAGAAAAAUGUACUGUUACUAAGUUACUAAAGUAAUUAUUACAUACUGUCGACUUGCAUUGAAGCU